UUGGGGCCGCGCGGGGAGCGAGGAAGGCGAUCUUUCAAUGAGCCCCUUGCAGGCGCUGCGGCUCUGCCCGUGAAGCCCCCGGGCCCGUGCCGCUGACGCGCAGCCGUGGGGGACAGGGAGCGAGGGGCCGGUGCCGUAAAGCGCGGACGAUGUCGGGGCGGGCGGGCCCCGCGGCGCCGCCGCCGUUCGAGAAGCGAGUCCUGGUGACGGGCGGCGCCGGCUUCAUUGCUUCACAUGUAGUCGUCUCUCUUGUGAAAAACUAUCCAAACUAUCUGAUUAUAAAUCUGGAUAAGCUCGACUACUGUGCAAGCUUGAAGAAUCUUGAAACUGUCUCUGGGAAGGAGAACUACAAGUUUAUCCAGGGGGAUAUUUGUGAACCUGAUUUUAUAAAGCAGCUCUUUGAAACUGAGAAAAUAGAUAUAGUGCUUCAUUUUGCAGCCCAAACACAUGUAGAUCUUUCAUUUUGGCAUGCCCUGGAAUUCACCUACGUGAAUGUUUAUGGCACCAACGUGCUGGUUGCUGCUGCACAUGAAGCCAAUGUGGAGAAAUUUGUCUAUGUUAGUACAGAUGAAGUAUAUGGAGGUAGCACUGAUGAGGAAUUUGAUGAAUCCUCACCAAAACGUCCAACCAAUCCCUAUGCCUCCUCUAAAGCAGCUGCAGAGUGUUUUGUUCAGUCUUACUGGGAAAGGUACCAAUUCCCAGUUGUCAUCACACGGAGCAGUAAUGUUUAUGGACCCCAUCAGUAUCCAGAAAAGGUUAUUCCAAAGUUUAUAUCUUUGUUGCAACAGAACAGAAAAUGCUGUAUUCAUGGUUCUGGACUUCAGAGAAGGAAUUUCCUUUAUGCAACUGAUGUAGUAGAAGCAUUCCUUACUGUCCUGAAGGAGGGGAAGCCAGGUGAAAUUUAUAACAUUGGAACUAACUUUGAGAUGUCCAUUGCCCAGCUUGCUAAGGAGCUAAUUCAUUUAAUAAAGAAGACCAGUUCAGAGUCUGAAAUGGAACACUGGAUGGAUUAUGUCAAAGACAGGCCUACAAAUGACCUCAGAUAUCCAAUGAGUUCAGAAAAAAUGCACAACUUAGGCUGGAGACCCAAAGUGCCUUGGAAAGAAGGAAUAAUGAAAACAAUUGAAUGGUACAGAGACAAUUUCCACAACUGGAAAAACUCAGAGAAAGCUUUGGAGCCCUUUCCUGUGACAGACCCAUUUGCCCAGCUCAGUGGUCCAUAGCCUGGCACAGAACCUGAAGGAGUUUCUUCUACCUCAUAUGAUCUUUUCUUCAAAGCCUGCAAUCAAGUGGCCACACUGCACUCUUAAUGUAUUCAAGAUACAUGAACCAUGAUGAGUAAAGAACCACAGUGUGGCACAGCUUUGGAAUGGUUUCAGCACUUUAUAGGUUGAACCUCUUAGUUUCAGCUUUCGGUGCAAUACUCUAUUCUCACUAAGUAUUGAUUUUAAAAAACUGUAUGGAGUGAAGAAUAUUUAUAAUGUUAUAAACUAAUGUACUGAAGUAAAAUCUGCCUUUUUAAGAAUAAUUAACUGUGAUUGCAGCUUUUGAGACUUGGAGUUAAAUUUGUUUUAGUACUGGAAUUAUUCAUCUGUAUUAGUUUGUUUUUACAGUGUAAUAUAUAUAAUUUUUGUCACUUCGAAGAAUUGGGUUUUAUUUUUAAUCAAGGGGAGAAAUUACCUAUUUUUUGGAGACUAUGAAUUGACAGAAGCUGGACACAGCACCUGUAUGGUUCCGUCCAUUUCUCUGCUGGUGCACUUUUAGCUUUUGUAGUUGACUGAGUACACUUACCUACACUAUAACUUUAAAUGCCCCUUUU